AUGGGUUGCGGCGCUUGCCGUCCAGCGAAGUUGCCUGUACAACUGUUUCCAUCGAAAGCACAAAGUGUAGAAAAUUAUAUUGCUGUAUGGUACGAUGGAUUAAAUAAAGGUGAAAAAACGAAAGCUUUGGAAAAACAGAUACAAAACGUCGUUAAAGUCGUGGAGAAAUUUAACGAUCCUGUUCAAGGCCGUGAUUUUAUUGAGAAAGUAACACUAGAAAAGAUCUUCCUCAUUGUCUCGAACGAUGACAACUCCAAGAACUUUCAAGCAAACGUUCAGCACUUCAAACAAAUCUAUAAGAUCUAUGUUUUCUGUCUGGAGAAGCAAUCAAAUGAUCCCAAUUCGGGUGCAUACACAUCCAUGGAAUCUCUGUGUAAAAGCUUAAAAGAAGAUACAAAGCAAUGCGAUCAUGAUAUGAUUGGCUAUCAGAUUAAAGACCGUACAGCGAACAGUAACCGGCAGAAGGCUUCAGAUACGCACACUCAGCUGCUCUGA